CUCGGGUUACACAAAUCUCAAAAAAUUUUUUGACUCUGUCGGGUUUUUUAAAAUUAGUAAUGGUUCUUUCCGACUGAUGGAUUCCCAAGAACUCGUUACCCUCACAGUUGAUCACCUCCUCAAACUUAAAGCAGCAAAAAAUUUUUAUGAGAAUUCACAGCCAAUUACCUCUUUAGACUUCGAUGACACAGGCGAAUUUUGCGUAACUGCCUCGGCUGAUGAUUCGAUUAACCUUUACAAUUGCCUUCAGGGAAGGUGA